AUGUCAGCUACACCCCACGGCAUCCGUUAUUCGGCCCACCGCCCCGUGGUCAUGGGGCGCAACGGCAUGGUCUGUGCCGGCCAUCCCCUGGCCGCGCAGGCGGGGACAUCCGUUUUGCAGAAGGGCGGCAACGCGUUCGACGCCGCCAUCGCCACCGCUGCGGUUCUCAACGUGGUCGAACCGCUGAUGUCGGGAAUCGGCGGCGACGGGUUCAUCAUGGCCUACCAGGCGGAAGACAAUCGCCUGCGGGUAUCCAACGGGACCGGGGCCGCGCCCUACGGAGCGACGCUGGAGCGGUAUCGCGACGGCAUACCCAUGAAGGGCAUCCUGAGCGUAUCGGUGCCGGGGCUGCUCAAUGCAUGGCUGGACGUUCACUCCGAGUACGGCACGCUGCCCCUGUCCGACGUGUUGGCUCCGGCAAUCGGCCUGGCGGACGACGGAUUCCCCGUUACCCACCACCUGGCGUCAGCCAUCGCGGGCGACGCGCUCCUGUGCGAGUUCCCCACCAGCCGCGCGAUCUUCACGCGGGACGGAUCCGGAGAACCGCUGCGCGCCGGCGACAUUCUGCGGCAGGGCGACCUGGCCAGGACGCUGUCCGCCAUUACCGAGCAGGGGCGAGAUGUCUUCUACCGGGGCGAAAUAGGCGAAGCCAUCGUGCGCUUCAGCGACGAGCAGGGCGGACUGCUCACCAUGGCCGAUCUGAACGACUGCUCGGCGCGUUGGCAGGACCCGAUUUCCACGGACUACGGCGAUUACACGGUGUACGAAGCGCCGCCCAAUUCCAGCGGACACAUCCUGCUGCAGGAACUCAACGUCAUCCGGCAACACGACAUGGCAAGCCUGGGGUUCGGUUCGGCAGCGUCCAUUCACCUGAUGGUGGAAGCCAAGAAGAUGGCUUUCGCCGACCGCGAAGCCUACGUGGCAGACCCCGAUUACAUCGACGUUCCAGUCGCCGGCAUGCUGUCCGCCGAAUACGCCCGGGAACGCGCGGGCACCAUCGACCUGGAGCGGGCGUCCGAGAACGUGAGCGCCGGCGAUCCCUGGCAACACCAACCGGCGGGUCAGCGUCAGUCGCCGGCCGGCGUGGGGGCCCGGCGUCGCGGCCCGCGCUCCGAGCAGGAAGACACCACCUGCUUCGUGGUGGCAGACCGGGCGGGCAACGCGGUGUGCCAGUUGCAGAGCAUCCAGAGCGGCUGGGGUUCCUCGCUGGUGGCGGGCGAUACCGGCAUCCUGCUGAACAACCGCAUGACCUACUGGCACUUGGACCAGGACCACGUGGACUGCCUGCAGCCGGGCAAGCGCGUGCGCCACACCAUGAACCCGGUGAUGGUGUUCCGACGGCCGGCGGCCGGCAACGGCAGUAACUCGUCGAGCCGCCGUUUGGCCUACGUGCUGGGCACCCCGGGCGCAGACUGCCAGGUGCAGAGCAACAUGCAGGUCAUCACGAACCUGGUUGACCACGGCAUGACGGUACAGGAAGCGGUGGAGGCUCCCCGCUGGAAGCACGUGGGCGACGGCACCGAGUCCACGGUGCCCCAUACCGCCUUGGACCGUCUCCUCAUCGAAAACCGUUUCGACGGAGCGGCGUUGCGGCAGCUCCGGGCCAUGGGCCAUCCGGUGCAUGAGCUGGACGCGUGGGACGGCGUCACCGGACGCGAAAUGGCCCUGUACAUCGACCCUGACACCGGAGCGCUCCACGGCGCGGCCGAUCCCCGCUACGACGGGUACGCGGUCGGGUACUGA